AUGAAGUCUAACACUAGAUACCCUAUAUUAAGCCUGAAAAGAUUACGUGAGCGUAACCUACAAUUGACCUGCCAUUACACGACAUUUUACAGAAGGUAUAAACGUAACUAUGCGCAGGUAAUGGCCGAGUUCAAGGCUGCGUCGACGUCAACGGAGGCUACUGUCCUCCCUGCGGACGUUGAACCUUCUUCAGUGAACAUUGACACCAUAACGAUGGAAACCGAGGUAGUGCCAUCAUCACUUUGCAGCAGCCAAACACCUUACAACAGACUAAAGAAGACAUACCUUGUGUUAAGAAAACCUGGUGUAAAUGAAUACUUCAUAGCCGCCAAAAAGUGGAUGCUGAGGGAUGAUCAGUGUAUUUAUCACAGCAGUGUAACAGAAUCUGAAGUCGAAGCAUGUGUAGACCCUGCACCGAAUUGGCUCAUUGUUCCCUGUCAGAUACUAGUCGAGAAAGAAACUUUUCUAGAGGCCAAGGAUAUUCUGUCAGCCUUACAGAAAAUGACAAAUAUGAACAGGUCAGGUAAUCUCGAGGAGACCUUGUCGCUAACCAAUACCAAACAUCAACGAAUGGAGGAAAAGGAUUACUCUUGCGUUAAUGACUGCGAGGAACUAGAGGCAGUGAAGGCACAGAAAGUGUGUUGGCCAUAUGAAUACCCUGACACAAAUUUCCAGGAAACUCUGGUAUCGUCUAUAGCCAACACUUCCAGUCAACAAAGACCAGUGGCUACGUCAUCACCAGUCACACAGCAAAUUCUGCAGACUAAUAUCACGGAUUCUCAUAACAAAAUUGUUAUCGAGUUACAGUCCCUUAAAGGAGAAAUUCAGUCACUUAAAGGAGAAGUUCAGUCACUUAAAGGAGAAGUUCAGUCACUUAAAGGAGAAGUGCAAUCCCUAAUGAAAAUGGUGACGCAGUUGGUUUCACUUAUUAGGUCCGGCAACGUAUCCGUCUUAGAAACCAGUAGGUCCUCUAUUGACAAUAGUCAACUGGAAUUCCCUUUGGCGACUGAAGAAGAGGUAAACCAACUUGAAGUGUCACUGAAAAUCUCAGAAUUCAGAGAUUCAUUCAUGACGAAAAUGGUCGGCAAUCUAUCAUGUAGUCCACAGUCUUCGUUGAGAAAAAUGCUUAAUUACAUUUUGGAGCCUAAGCUGUCAAGUCGCUUCACAGCAUAUGGAACACCAACGAAGUUAGCUGUAACUAAAUGCAGAUUCUAUAAAGUCAUAA